CUCAGGAGGUACCGUGCUUAUUGGAAAGGGUUGCCUGGCUCUCAGAGGUUGUGUGAACCUUGAAAACCUUGAAAAAUCAGCUGCAAGGUCCUUUAUCCUUAAUUUUUUAAAUGUGCUUAGAUCUUCCAGAAACAUACUUUCUAUGGAGAGAUGACAUUGAUAAUGCUAUUGUCAUUUUGCUUUUAUACUGUAGUGAUGCAAAUGAGAACCUGAACAGGUUUACUUACCUGGCAGUGUUAUGGUACACUGUAGGCAGUACAUGCAGUGUGGUUCAGAUCAUUUCAGCAUGCACUCCUAUGAUUUACUGCAGUUGCACUUGUCCUUGUGGUGUCAGUACUAUGGAGUUUGUGGUCAAUUUUGGAAGCAUUAAUGUUGGGUAAGCAGUGAAGAUGGACAGCAGACAUGGCAGCGGGCAAAGAGGAAUCCUCCUGCCAACACUUGCACUGGUGUCCCUCCAAUGCUACAUACCCAUCACAUAGUCUUGCUCUUUUCCAAUGAAGACUCUUGAAACUGCUUGAUUUUCAGGAUCAAUUCAUGCUGAAUCAGUGGGUGAAUCAGCUCCAGAAUGACUGACACACCAACAGAAAUGAUGUGACAGAGGCAGAGAGAUGUAGGGCAGGAUGGUUCAAACUGAGCAGCAGCUUUACAACAGCACUGUGUGCAGGUGGUAAGAGGGAAUUUCUUUCUGUAACCACUUGUGUUCCAGCUGGCAUCUGCCAGACCAGAGAGAAGCACAAACACCUGACCACGUAAACUCUCCUUCAGCAUAAAGAUCUGUCAUUCUUUGUUGUUGUUAUAUUGUCCCACCAGGCACAGACAUUUUCUCUCAUUAACCUCAUUAUCUCACCUUUGUCCAACCUGUUCUCCUGAAGAGCUUGUAGUUUUCCCUGCAGAUUUCCCUACAGAAGGCCAUUCUAAUUGCAGUUUUGCUGCAAACAGUGCAAUUUAUGUGUCUGCAGAUAUUUCCUCAUGUUGACUGUAUGUUAGAAAACCUUCCCUCCAAUGUGAUGAGGUCUACAUGUAGAAGGUGAGAGUGAGUACAGGGGGACAGGUGUAAAUGUGUGAUAGCAUUUUAAUUAUGGCAACUACAGUUGAUACAAGCAAGAUUUAAAACGAAGUUUUAUGGUUAUUUCAUAAACUUAGGAAUGUACUGAGGAUUUAUAAUGGAAAAAUGGAUUCAACCAGUAUUUAAGGAAUAUCUAGGGCUAUGAUGGGGUGUAGUCCAAAGCAUGUGCUGUUUGUGCUGGGCUGCAGGUAGGGCUUGUUAAUGAGGAGCACUUGCACUGUGCUAUGGAAAGGAAAGACAUGGCUGGUGUGUUUGUGAUCCUCUUCUACUGUCUGCCUCUGAGGAUGGUCAAAACCUUUAAGUACUUAGGGUCAUAUAUUCAAAGGUAUUUAGGUGCCCAUUAGUCUGUGAAAUCAGUAAUUUAAAUGCCUGCAUCUCUGAAAAUGUGGCUGUUGGCAGCCGGAUGGACAGGAUUGAACAUGGGAAAAAUAAUGUGAACUCUCAUAGCAAUCACAAUAUUGCUUGUCCAUGAGAUGUCUGCUUUUGCUUCCCAAGUUUAAAACAAUAUGAAGAGCAAAACCAUGAUGCCUUACUGGGGAUCUGGUGACAUUGUUACCCAGCAGUUUCAUUUCUGGGUCUGCUUCCUUCCAUAGCAUUCUGUAGGGAUGUAUGGGACAGUUACAUGUCACAGAAUCAUAGAAUGGGUUGGGUUGGAAGGGACCUUAAUGCCCAUUCAGUCCCAACCCCCUGCUGUGGGCAGAGCUGCCCCCCACCAGCUCAGGCUGCCCAGGGCCCCAUUCAGCCCAACCCUGAGCCCUCCAGGGGUAGGGCACUCACUGCUUCUCUAAGCAUUAAAGAAGAGUCUUCAUAUCUUUACCUGUAUGAUUUUAGAGUGAUGACUGCAGAUCGUACACCUGAAUUUGUAUCUGCUAAUUCCUGAGACUUCCAUGAGAAGGAAAAUAAAUCUGAGCUGUAUGUUUCUCCAAGAGAUAGCCAUCGCAUUUCAAUUUUUCUCAGGGGAUAAGGAGAAUUCUAUGGAAAACACUGCUCCCUCAUCCCCACUACUUAUAAAUCAUGUUAUUUUAGGAUCUCCUGAGGUUUGUUCGCAGUGAUUACAGCGUACAUUCUGUGAACACAUGGAUGCACAGCUUUGAACCCAGCAAAAAUCUGCGUUUAAACGAUGUGAGCAAAGAUGUGGGGCAGCUGCAGGGCAGACUGGGUGUGAUUGCCGACUAUGGACACCCGUAAUGUGGGAAGGAGGUUGCUAAGGGGAGAAGAGCCACUUUUAUAACCAAAACUUGUAGUCUGAUCCGGAAUGCUCGUCCCUAAGCAGAUGAAAGCCAAGGGCUGUUUUAAGGCAGAGACCUCGCGCUUGCAUUUGCUGCCCAGAGUUCAGCCCUGAGAGCGGAGCAUCGCCACGGUGCAGCGCCUUUGCAACCCCUUUCGUUUCUCGAUACUCUGUAACACGAAAAUCGUUUGCCUGAAGGGUGCGAUCUGCCCCUAUCCCUCGGCUGCCUUUCACGUCGGCAGGCUUCUGGGGCGGGCAGGAGUGGGAAAAUGCCGUCCGGGAGCGGAGCGGAGCGGGGCCCUCCUGGCGCGGCUUCCCGGGCAGAGCCCCGUUCCUCGCUCACGCGGAGGGGCUGCCGGAGGAAAGUUGGGCUUUUCGCUCUCUCUGCACUUCCUGUGGAGCCGCCCGAGGCUUUCGGUAGCGCCCGGGCACCUCCUCCCGCCCCACGGGGCUCCCGCCCGCCUCAGCUCGGCGCUGGGCUCCGCGGAGCUCCGUGCGGAGCGGCCCGGGCCCGGCAGCCCGCCUUACGCAGCCCUCCGACCUCGGCCCUUUGGAUUUGUAUUUAAUUAUUAUUAAUAAUAAUCAUUUAGGAGUUAAUUUCUUAUAAGGAGAGCGCGAGAGAAGGGAAGAAAACUUUCUUACCUUACCCCCUUCCCGCCCCCCCCCCAAGGACACUCCGGAUACUUUUGAAAGGGCGGAAGGGUGAGAAGCAAAGCGAGCAGCGCUGCUAAGGGCAUCUCUCGCUGCAGAAGGGACCCCUGACACCUCGCUGCUGGAUUAAAGGCUGGAGCUGCAGAAACUCCUCCCCUUCCCCCCUGCUUCUUCCACCCCCCCCCUUAUUUCCUAAGACCAUUAAAAAAAAAAAAAAAGAAAAAAGAAAUUAAAGAGCACGGAGUGACUGCGGCCGAUGGGACGGUGGGGAUAAGUGGAAGAGAGCCCACCUCUCCGGGCCGGGAUGGGCAGCACUGCCAUGGACACCAAGAAGAAGGACUCAUCCGGCAGCGGCAGGAGAGGCUCCAGCCAGAAGAAGCUCGUGCUGCGAGUGCACAUCCCCGAUCUCAGCUCUUUUGCCAUGCCAUUCUUGGACGGUGAUGUGGAGAACGCAGACAAAAAUGCUUCUCGCAAGGUGGAAGAAAGCUACUCUGCAGGCAGUCCUUCGAAAGGCAUUUUCUCAAAAGGGCUCCAGAACCGACCUUCCAGCCCUGUUUCUGCCCCUGUGAGAUCCAAACAUAGCCCUGGCUCACCCAAAACUGUCUUCCCCUUCCCCUACCAGGAGUCUCCCCCACGCUCCCCACGUCGAAUGAGCUUCAGUGGGAUCUUCAGGUCCUCCUCCAAAGAGUCCUCCCCCAGUUCUAACCCGUCUACCUCUCCUGGGGGCAUCAAGUUUUUCUCCAGAUCAAGAAAAACCUCUGGCCUCUCCUCUUCUCCAUCUACCCCAACACAAGUGACCAAGCAGCCCACGUUUCCUCUUGAAUCCUAUAAGCAUGAGCCUGAGAGACUAGAAACACGGAUUCACUGUUCUUCUCCUCCGGACACAGGGCAGAGAUUUUCUUUGCCUCCAUCCCAAAGUGCAGCCAAGCCUCCUAUAAUGACACCAUCUCCCUGUGCUACCUCAAAACCAGCGGCGGCAGCGGCUCCGGCUCCCUCUCAGCUCCCGGCCGCCUCCGAAGGGAUGCUGGAGAAACUCGAGCUCGAAGAUGAAGCACUUGAAGAAUCGGAAAGUGACAUUUAUGUGCGAUUCAUGAGGUCACACAAGUGUUAUGACAUUGUUCCAACAAGCUCUAAGCUUGUUGUUUUCGACACUACGCUACAAGUAAAGAAAGCCUUUUUCGCCUUGGUGGCAAAUGGUGUGAGAGCAGCUCCACUGUGGGAGAGUAAAAAACAGAGUUUUGUAGGAAUGUUAACAAUUACAGAUUUCAUUAACAUACUGCAUAGAUACUAUAAAUCUCCAAUGGUUCAGAUCUAUGAAUUGGAGGAGCACAAAAUAGAAACCUGGAGGGAACUUUAUUUACAAGAGACAUUUAAACCUUUAGUGAACAUCUCCCCAGAUGCAAGCCUUUUUGAUGCUGUAUAUUCAUUGAUCAAAAACAAAAUCCACAGAUUGCCAGUUAUAGAUCCUGUCAGUGGAAAUGCACUUUAUAUACUUACCCAUAAAAGAAUCCUCAAGUUCCUCCAGCUUUUUAUGUCAGAGAUGCCAAAGCCUGCCUUUAUGAAGAAGAAUCUGGAUGAACUUGGAAUAGGAACUUACCACAACAUUGCCUUCAUACAUCCAGACACUCCUAUCAUUAAAGCCUUGAAUAUAUUUGUAGAGAGAAGGAUAUCGGCUUUACCUGUUGUGGAUGAGUCAGGAAAAGUUGUAGAUAUUUAUUCCAAAUUUGAUGUAAUAAACCUUGCUGCUGAAAAAACCUAUAAUAACCUAGAUAUCACGGUGACACAAGCCCUACAGCACCGUUCUCAGUAUUUUGAAGGUGUUGUAAAGUGUAGUAUGCUGGAAACACUGGAGACCAUUGUUGAUAGGAUAGUGAAGGCUGAGGUUCAUCGUUUGGUGGUAGUGAAUGAAGCAGAUAGCAUUGUGGGUAUCAUCUCCCUUUCUGACAUUCUGCAGGCUUUGGUACUCACACCAGCAGGUGCCAAACAAAAGGAGAAUGAAAGUGAAUGACUGCUGUGAAUGUAUAAACGUUUGUAGGAGAACUUGAACAAAGUUUCUGGGUCAAAGUUUGUCUCGAGAACAGUGACUGCAAUAGAACAGAGCAGGAUGGUUGAGAAUGUGUUUUGGGACUUAGUGAUGGAUGAUGAGUCUAUUCCCCCCCAGUGAUGUCGCAAAAAAACAAAGCAGCAUGACAAAAGCUUAUGUUACAAUGUAGGCUUGUAUUUCAAAACGUCUUCAGAACAUUUGCUGGAAGACUUCACACGAUGUCCUUCAUUAAAAUGCACUGUAUUCUGAAACUUUUUCAUUUUGUAUUUGACAGAAGUCACUGGUCAGCAAUGGAUAUAUGUGACAUAAGGCAAGUGUAUGGCAUAUUCAUAUCAUAGUGCCUUAUGUCAAAAUACAGCAAUAUGUCAUCACUGUUGCCCAUCACUGUCAAAGGAAGUAUUGUGUUAAAUGAGACACUGUAUUUGAAUGUGAAAGUCUUUAAACUUAAACCAAAUCAGUUUCAGUUCUCAUUAGACUUGUCAUAAAAGCUGUAAUUUGAAUAUCAGUAGACUUCUUUAAAACUUUAAUGACAGUUUUGUGUUAAAUGUCGCAUUCUGAACCGAGAUGUAAAACGAGACUGAUUUUAAAAACAGCUUUAUUUAUUUUUACUUUCAUGACAAUUUUUUACACAUCUUUGGUGGAUAGCUAAAAUUUCACCAUAUCCAUUAAUAAACUGUUGAUUGUUAUACAAACCAGUGGCAGAUUUUUCUCAUUAUUUACAACGUUGGAGUUGUAGGGCUGUUGGUCAGUCCACGUGAGUUGAGUUGGAGAUCCCAGCAGUGCUCUGUACUGUGCAGGCACCGUGUGGGCAAGGACGUGCCAGAAAACCAGGCUUUCUUCUGUGUUGAAGUGUAAAAUGAUGUCUGUACGACUAAAAUGCAACUCUGUAUUGUAUGUGAUUUGUACAGAAGCCGAGGAGUGAGGAAGGCCGUGGGGUUUUGCUGAUGUAAAUGUACUGUAACAUUUGAUGAUGAGAUUUUUAUAAUUGUCAAUGGAAGAAAUUAAACCCUCCAACAUCCGUUUGGUGUUAGCCGUUCUCGCCAUGUUUUUCUGCACCUAUGAUGUAUGUGUGUUUGGGUAAUGUAAGCUAUGCAGAGAUGUUCCCAUUUUCCUCCAGCUUAUAAGUGC